CGCCUCCGCCCCAAAUCUCCAAACGCUUGGCGCUCGCUUCGCCUUCGUGCGCCUAUUCCCCUCCCCAUCGCCGCCGGCGAUCGCCGGGAUCCUCCCCCGAGCGUAGGAGAUCUCUCUACGCCACCUUGCCGCUUCUCCUGCGCUUUCCUUCGCCUCUGGCUCACUUUUUUCGCGCUCUUCUAGUCGCGGAAUUUGGCAUGUGACAAGUGGGAUUGCGCGGGGGAAGGAGGCGCCCGCCGGCGAACAGUCCUGCCGGCGGAGACGCCUGCGGCGCCAGAGGGCCACCGAUUGACACCGAGAUUUCCUCAACACCCCCUGAUUUUUCCGGCAUUUUUUGAGGGCUCGGCGUCCUCCAGGAAUUCGGCUAUUGCAGGUUGCUAUCACAAAAUGGUCUGCAUGGCCGGACAUUUUAAAAUGGCUUCUGUGCUAAAGCUAAUGAUGGAAAAUCAUGCCACACCUGAUGAGGUGAUUAAUGAGAAGAGUGCUUCACAUAUCCUACACAAGCAGCUUCUUAGCGCACAUGAACCAAAUUUGCUUGAUGAAGAUGUUAUGUGCAGAUAUGCAUAUAUUCGGAUCAAAACCUAUGGCUGAUCCAUUGGACCUGGUCCGCUGUGAUACAUGCCAGAAGCCUGUUAAGGCCAGCCAUUAUGCACCUCAUGCAGAGCGAUGUAGCUCAGGGAAGGUGAACCCAAACGAUUCAAUGGGUGUAGAAGACGAUGUUCAUCCUAUGAAGCCUCCAAAGAAGGGCAGGAAAAUAAAGCUGACAAGCAAUGGAAAUCAAAAGGUACAUAUAAAAGUGAAAUUAAAAUCUCAGCCCGAAAAUAAGAACAUCGUCAAUGACUUUGAGUUGACCAAUGGGAAUGAGAGCAAACCUUUAAAUUCUAUUGCUGAUCAAAGGUUCAAAACAUCUGCCACCAAUGCUCCUGAAAGUCGUUUUAGAGAUGUGCCAGCUCCUCUUGCUACAAAAAUGUAUCAUUCACGGGGAAACUACCAGCUUCGAUUGGAGCUUGCUCAGCUUUACCGUGAAUCAUGCGCGGAGCAUUCACACAGCUACGCAAGUAGUACAACUCCAAACUCGUCACAGAAUAAUGGGUUGGUACCAUGUGAUAAUUCAACAUUACAUGGUUCUGAUGAUUUGGCAUUACAUGGUUCUGAAUAUUCAGUAUUACAUGCUGCUCGGAAGAGCAGCAUUCCCAAAAAAAAGCUUCUAGAUCAGCUGCCUGCAAGCACAUCAGGGUUGUGCUCAGGAAUCUCUCCACAAUUAUCAUCAAGCGGGCCAAGUCGUCUGCAGGCAACAAAAGCUCAGAGAGCAGACACUCCAGUAUCUGGAGUUAGAAAUGAAUUGGGAAGAAGCAGGUGCAACAAAGUGGCAGUUCCUUCUUCAAAAACCACAGGCAAAAAGAAGACGCAGAAGCAAUCUAACGCGCUACCUGCAAUCUAAGCCUCAGUAGAGUAGCCCAUUGAUUGGUUGUUCAUUGGUAUAGCCGCUUCAUUGGUGAAAGUAAUAGAGUAUCUCAUUUUGUUCAUUUAAUAUGAAAUUUAUUCUAGUCGGAAUGACUUCGGGACCGGACGAUCUGAAUACAAGGUCAUUUUGGCUCAUUGACUCUUGGUAGAAGCUAACCACAACCCUUUCCGGCCCUGGUAAUGGAACUAAGUGUAGAUAACGUAUCCGCGAAGUCCUUAUGUUUAUGUGCUCCCCUUGUUAUAAAUGACAUGAUGAAUGUUCUCCAAACCAGCAGUAGCAUUUGUUGCUUUUUUUAUUAGAAUAUUAUUGGUUGCUUUCA